AUGGCCCUGCUCCCCGCCGCACUGGCGGCCCCGCUCGCCGGACCCCGGCGUCCUCCCAGAACCCGGAACCCUGAACCCCACGUGACCGGACAUCCGGGCCGCAGUUUGCGGCGCUUCCCAGCAGCGCGCGCAUGCGCGCUGGGGCCCCGCGGGGCGGGCUGGGAGUCGGUGCCUGCGGGCGCUGCAGUUGUGGGUCCCCCGGGCUCGUGCUCGGAGGGCCGCAGUAGCUGCAGUCGCUGUCUCCUAUCGCCUGGAGUUCAGGCAGAGCGGACGCACAGCUAUUGCCGUAGGGUGAACGCAGGUCCUCACCCGUGUACUCCACGCUCAGUGCCGCAGACCCAGGCCAGUCCUCCAGAUCUGAGCCCCAGACUGCCGCCCAGGCCUCUAGUACUGCAGCCCCGACACCCAGUACUGCAGGCCCAGCCUUCAGUGCUGCAGCUCCGACACCCAGUACUGCAGCCCCGGCCUCCAGUGCCGCAGCCCCGACACCCAGUACUGCAGCCCCAACACAGUACUGCAGCCCCAGCCUCUAGUACUGCAGCCCAGACACACAAUACUGCAGCCCCGGCCUCCAGUACUGCAGACCCAGGUCCAGAACUUCAGACCAACGUCCAGUGCUACAGCCCCGACCUCCAGGUCAACAAAUGCGACGUGCAGUCCCGACACCAGAAGAAUACUGGGGGCCAGUUUGGGAAUACUGACAGUUCUCUCUGCAGAGACCAGGCCACGUCCCUCUCAGCAGAGAAGCUACCCUGGCCUCUCCACAGCCUGGCUCCUCUGCGCGAGCCCAAGUCCCGUGCCAGCGCCCAAGUGACGAGUGGGAGGCAGGCGGCAGCCCCUCGGCCUUCACACCUGUGUGGGUCUCUCUUACGAACGGGUCAGGUCCUUCCAGCCUGCCCCAGCUGGGCUCCGCAGGAAGCAGUCGAGCAAGUAGCCGCAUGCAGGACGCAGGACCAACACUUGGGGGAAGUGCCAGGGGCAGGGUGGGCAGAUGGACGCGGGAAUACAGUGGUCACCUCAAAGGCUGCAAGCCUGCAGAGGGCCCUCCUUUCUGCAUCCGCCUGUCGUGGGCUGAGGGCUGCCUCGGGUCCCAAAGAGGGACGCACCCAGCACCAGGAGGCUCAUCCAAGGACACAUGCGAGAAGGGUCAGCCUAGUGACCGAGGACAGGUGAGCACCGUGUGCAGCCCACCGCAAGGCCGGUGUCGGGAGCUAAGGCAAGGUCGGCAGCAGCUGCAGCUCUGGCUGGGGGUGGGGGCGGGGGCAGCUGUGCAGCGGGAAAGGCUUAGCAACCCUUACUUUCUGCAGGCUGACUUGGCCGAUGAGCGGGAAGUGACUUUAGGGACAGCGUGGCAACAGCUUAUCUCAGCGUUGAGGGCUGGCUGUAUUGGACUCCUGACUGUCAUGUAGCGUGACCAAGUCACUUCAUGUUUUUCUCUGUUUUCUUCUCUGUAAACUGGGAAUCAUAAUGAAACUGACAUCAUAGGGAUGUUGUCAGGAUUAAAUGAGACUAUGCGAGUGGGGGUCUUAGGACGGUGCCUGCUACAUAUCGCGAGCGCCUUCAGUGAACCGUGGAUUUUGGCAUCGUUUGGAUGAACCGUGGCUGGUAACCAGCUUGCUCGCUCAUUUGCUACAAUCUUGUGCAAAUGGUUCUGUUUGUGUUUUAACUUCACGUCACUCCUUAGGGAAAAAAACAUUGUUAUGUGCACUUUUUUGUUGAUUGCAUCUUCUGGAAAUUCUAGUCUCUGGAUAAGAAAAUGAACUGCAGGGGCGCCUGGGUGGCACAACAGUUAAGCGUCUGCCUUCGGCUCAGGGCGUGAUCCUGGCAUUCUGGGAUCGAGCCCCACAUCAGGCUCCUCCACUAUGAGCCUGCUUCUUC